CCCCUUACCACAGUGACUAGCAGGAGGGGCUUGACUGUGGGACACUAAGUUGAGCGCGUAAGCCCGCCCCUCGCUGUGCAGAGCUGGUGCACAGGCAGCCGCAGAGACCAUCGCAGGCGAACGCUGGAGCAGCCCACUUCUGUGUGCAGAAUGCAUGUUCACCAGGCUCUCCGUGGAGCGCUCACGUCCCGACCCUAUGUUUCCGCGGCCACAAAUAAGCUACUCAGGAGUCGAGGAUAACCAAGUUGGAUGUGGCAGACGGACAGAGGGCCGACAGCCCGGAGCGACCGGACCAAGAGCAGAACUUCACAGCAAUACGGACUGUCGCUCUAUUCUGAACGUGAACAAUCAUGCAUGUGCUUCUCUGGGGUCUAGGGUUGCUACUAUUCCCUGAUGUAUUGAAUGUAGUCGCGUUACCGGAGAAACUGCUUUUAAAUCAGAAUACAGGAAAGGAGGACUCCAGUGUUUAUGAAAUUGUGACCCCUGUACGUGUGAAUGAAGUCGGUGACAAGUUUCCAACAACUAUGCAUUUUAAGAGGAAAAGGCGAAGUUUGGACGAGAACACUGGCAGUGCGCCGGAUCACUGGGCCUCACCAAAUAUUCACUACAGGAUCCGUGCCUUUGGUCAGAGCUACCACUUGAACCUCACGCGAGAUUCGGGAUUUAUCGCACCUCUGUACACUGUGACAGUACUAGGACUACACCGCAGAGAAAACAGUACGGCUUUUGCAACAGAUGAGCAGGACGAGGAGGACACUGAGCUGCGGCACUGUUUCUACAAAGGAUACGUAAAUGCACGUUCUGAACACGCCGCGGCCAUCAGUCUGUGCUCUGGAUUGCUGGGCACUUUUAGGUCUCCAGAGGGGGAGUUUUUUGUGGAACCCCUACACAGCUACCAAGGAGAACACUAUGAAGAGGAACACACAAAACCUCAUAUUGUUUAUAAGAAGACCGCUUCCAAAAAAGAUAUAUCUGAGGAUAAAUCCACAUGUGACACAGCAGGGCAUAAACAAAGACAUACAAGACACACACGAAGGAGAAGGCCGGCUGCUGGGGUGACCACUGCUGCGCCUGUGGUCACAUCUAAUAUUCUCAGUGACAUUGAGACAUUGAAUUCUGGACUAACCAGUGGAGCACUUUUUGCUUCGGAAAGCAGCAAUUCUAGCAGUGCUAGACCCUCAAAUGAUAGCAGCGGUGACUCCGGACCUCACAGGAGAUCAAAGCGUUUCCUCUCCUACCCGCGCUUUGUUGAAGUCAUGCUGGUCGCCGACAGCAAAAUGGUGGAGCACCAUGGCAGCAAUUUACAGCAUUACAUUCUAACACUGAUGUCCAUUGUGUCUUCAAUCUACAAAGAUCCCAGCAUUGGAAAUGUCAUAAACAUUGUGAUUGUAAAGUUGGUCAUUAUUAACCAUGAACAGGAGGGUCCAGUCAUUUCUUUCAAUGCACAGACCACUUUAAAAAACUUCUGUAUUUGGCAGCAGAGUCAAAACAUUCUAGAUGACAACCAUCAUUCUCAUCAUGACACAGCCAUCCUCAUCACAAGACAAGACAUCUGUCGAGCAAGAGAUAAAUGUGACACAUUAGGGCUUGCAGAACUGGGAACUGUGUGUGAUCCAUACAGGAGCUGCAGCAUUAGUGAAGAUAACGGACUCAGUACUGCGUUCACCAUUGCUCAUGAACUUGGCCAUGUGUUCAACAUGCCACACGAUGACAGCAACAAGUGCAAGGAGGAUGGAGUGAAAGUACAGCAGCAUGUGAUGGCUCCCACUCUGAACUAUAAUACAAAUCCCUGGAUGUGGUCCAAAUGCAGUAGGAAAUUCAUCACAGAAUUCCUGGACACAGGAUAUGGUGAAUGUUUACUUGACGAGCCAGUUUCUAGGCCCUACAGUCUUUCACAACAAUUGCCUGGACGGGUAUACAGUGUCAAUAAACAAUGUGAAUUGAUAUUCGGCCCAGGAACACAGGUGUGCCCUUAUAUGACCCAGUGUCGCCGUCUGUGGUGCACCAGCCCAGAGGGGGCCCAGAGGGGCUGCAGGACCCAGCACAUGCCCUGGGCUGAUGGCACUGACUGUGCUCCUGGAAAGCACUGUAAGCAUGGCCUGUGCAUAGCCAAAGAGCAGGAUGUCACCCCUGUGGAGGGAGCGUGGGGUGUGUGGAGUCCUUUUGGAACGUGUUCGCGCACAUGUGGAGGAGGUAUCAAGGUGGCUGCUCGGGAAUGCAACAGACCAGUGCCCAGAAAUGGUGGAAUGUACUGUGUGGGCCGUCGGAUGAAGUUUCGCUCGUGUAACUCAGAGCCAUGCUCCAGGCAGAAGAAGGACUUCAGGGAGGAGCAGUGUGCUGACUUUGAUGGCCGUCAUUUUAACAUCAACGGACUACCUCAAAAUGUUCGCUGGGUUCCCAAGUACAGCGGAAUUCUGAUGAAGGAUCGCUGUAAGCUCUUCUGCAGGGUGGCCGGCAGCACCGCUUACUACCAGCUCAGGGACAGAGUUACAGAUGGCACAACAUGUGGGCCAGACACCAAUGACAUCUGUGUGCAGGGCUUGUGCAGGCAAGCAGGCUGUGACCAUGUCCUUAACUCCAAAGCCAGGAGAGACAAGUGUGGCGUGUGUGGAGGAGACAAUUCUUCAUGCAAACCUAUAGCGGGCACCUUCAACAUUGUCCGCUAUGGAUAUAAUGAAGUGGUGCGCAUACCUGUUGGUGCUACAAAUAUAGAUAUUCGGCAGCACAGCUACUCAGGAAAACCAGAGGAUGACAAUUACCUUGCCAUAUCAAAUACUCAUGGGGAAUUCCUUCUUAAUGGCGAGUUUGUGGUCAGCAUGUUCAAAAGGGAAAUCAAAGUUGGAAAUGCUAUCCUUGAGUAUAGUGGCUCUGACCAUAUCAUUGAAAGGAUCAACUGUACUGAGCGUAUUGAAGAUGAGAUUAUUGUCCAGGUGUUGUCAGUGGGAAAUCUUUACAACCCAGAUGUCAGGUACUCUUUUAACAUUCCCAUAGAGGACAGACCACAGCACUUCUUCUGGGAUGCUUAUGGGCCUUGGCAGGAGUGCAGCCGUCCAUGCCAAGGUGAACGAAAGCGAAAGAUUGUGUGUAGCAGAGAAUCUGACAGAGUUGUGGUGUCAGACCAGAGGUGUCAUGGUACACCCAGGCCAGCUGUCGUCACGGAGACCUGCAACACUGACUGUGAACUCAGGUGGUAUAUCGCCCGUAAAAGUGAGUGCUCUGCUCAGUGCGGCCCAGGAUAUCGUACCCUGGAAAUAUACUGUGCCAAAAUAAAUCAUGCUGAUAGUAAGACUCAAAAGGUUGAUGACCGUUACUGUAGCAACGUUCAUAAACCAGAUGACAAGGAAAGCUGCCAUGGCGACUGCAGCCCAGGAGGCUGGGAGUACUCGCCCUGGUCAGAGUGCUCCAAGAGCUGUGGUGGAGGCACCCGCCAUCGAGGGGCAGUGUGCAGAAAGGCAGCAGAAACUGGGGGCGAUGAAAGCAUGUGUAGCCAAAGGGACAAGCUUACCGUCCAAUCCUGCAAUGAAUUCCUAUGUCCUCUGUGGAAAAGUGGGGACUGGUCUGAGUGUCUGGUUACAUGUGGAAAAGGCUACAAACACAGACAGAUUUGGUGUCAGUUUGGUGAAGCUCGACUGGACGACCUCCACUGUGGUUCAGCCAAACCAGAGUCAGUUCAGACGUGCCUACAGCAGGAGUGUGCCUCUUGGCAGGUUGGACCCUGGGGACAGUGCACUACCUCAUGUGGGCCAGGUUACCAGAUGCGAGCAGUCAAGUGUGUUGUGGGCUCUUUUGGUGCUGUGAUGGACGACACUGAAUGUAAUGCUGCUACCCGUCCCACUGACACCCAGGACUGUGAAGUGGCCCAAUGUCCAAGCAGCCAGCCUGUUCCCCCGGGGACGAAAGUGCCCUCUCACCCGAGCCAUAAAACUCAGUGGAGAUAUGGCUCCUGGACACAGUGCAGUGCCAGCUGUGGAAAAGGGAGUCGUAUGCGAUAUGUAAGUUGCCGUGACAAUCAAGGUGCUGUUGCAGACGAGCAAGCAUGUGCCCACCUCCCAAAACCCUCAGCAAGAGAAGUGUGCUCUGUGGUGGCUUGUGGACAGUGGAAAGUAUUGGAGUGGUCAACAUGCUCUGUGACUUGUGGCCAGGGAAAGACAACACGACAAGUGCUUUGUGUCAAUUUCAAUGAGCAGGAAGUGGAUGCCAGUGAGUGUGACCUGGACGAUCGUCCAAACACUCAGCAGGACUGUGCUAUGUCUCAGUGUCCUCGCUCCAGCGAGCCUCGUCUGACCCCAGCCUCACCCAAUAGCAGCGUGAGGAACAGCCUUCCACACAACCAGGCCCACCAGUGGAGGACAGGACCCUGGGGCGCGUGCUCCAGCACUUGUGCAGGGGGCUUUCAGCGACGAGUGGUGGUGUGCCAGGAUGAAAACGGUUACCCUGCCAACCACUGUGAGGAGCGCAGUAGGCCUGAUGAGCAGCGCUCCUGUGAGGCAGGUCCAUGUCCGCAGUGGAUCUACGGCGACUGGGGAGAGUGCACCAAACCUUGUGGAGGUGGCAUUAAGACAAGACUUGUGGUUUGUCAGCGUCCAAAUGGCGAGCGCUUCAAUGACCUGAGCUGUGAGAUCCAUGACAAGCCCCCGGACCGGGAGCAGUGCAAUACUCAGCCGUGCCCCUCAGGCCCCCACUGGAGCACAGACCCCUGGAGCUCGUGUUCUGCAUCCUGUGGAAGAGGUUAUAAGUACCGUAAGGUGAAUUGUGUGACAGGAUCGGGGCGUGGUGUCCCAGAUCAGAACUGUCUGCACCUCUCUGCAAAGCCCAGCAGGCAGAGGCGCUGCCGAGGAGGACAGUGCCCCAAGUGGACGACCGGGGACUGGGAGGAGUGUUCAGUGACAUGUGGUGAUGGCGUUCAACGGCGGGAGGUCUUUUGCCAGACUGGAGAGCGGCACAGCACUGUGGAGACUGACUGUGCCCCACGCACCAGACCUGCCUCCAGCCAGAGCUGCCGUGUGGCAGACUGCCCCUCACACUACCGCUGGAGAGAGGGCCAGUGGCACACAUGCAGUAAGUCUUGUGGAUCAGGCCAUCGGCACAGGGCCCUACAGUGUGUGGACUAUAAGGAGCAGGAGGUGCAUGAAAUGUACUGUGUCAACCAAAUCAAACCACCACACAUAGAGAGCUGCAACACUCACGCCUGUGAGUACAUCUGGAUCACGGGGGACUGGUCUGAGUGCUCCGUGAGUUGUGGGCAGGGCUACCGCCAUCGCCUGGUCUCCUGUAGUGAGGUACAUAUGGACAAUGACAACUAUGAGUACAGCCAUCAGUCUCUGUCCAGCUGCCCGGGCACUCCUCCAGAGACAUACAUGACCUGCAGCCCAGGCCCAUGUACAGAAGCACAGGAAUGGAGGGUUGGCAGCUGGGGACAUUGCUCAGUGAGCUGUGGAGUCGGUGUUAUGGAGAGGACGGUGCAGUGUGUGGCAGCAGAUGGGCAGGAAGGCCAUAGGUGCUCACCAGAUGUCAUGCCAGACUCUAGAAAACCCUGCAGAAAUCAUCAGACAUGUCAUUUACCUCUGAGCUGCCUGGACAUCAGGAGCCUCAAUGGACCACUCCCUGACAAUGAGCAUGUCCUCAACAUUCAAGGAAAAGCACUCAAGGUCUACUGUGCAGGAAUGCAGACAGAGAUGCCUCAGGAGUAUAUCACCCUGACAACGGGUGAAGGGGAGAAUUUCUCUGAGAUCUUUGGCUUUAGACUCAAUGACCCAACCCUGUGCCCAGUGAACAGCUCAAACAGAGAAGACUGUGAUUGUCGUAAAGACUACAAGGCUGCUGGAAUCACCACCUUCGCCAAAGUCCGCCUUGAUAUAAGCACCAUGAACAUUAUCACAACUGACUGGCAGUUUGCUUUUACCCGAGAAGGACAGAAAAUCCCAUUUGCUACAGCUGGCGACUGCUUCAGUGCCAGCCGGUGUGCAAAGGGACAAUUCCGGCUUAACCUCUCAGGAACUGGUUUUAAAGUGGCAGAUGACACCUCAUGGAUCACCCACGGCAACUAUGCAGUGGCUGAUAUACACAAGGCACAGGAUGGCAGCAGAGUGUCAGGAAUCUGUGGAGGCUACUGUGGCAAAUGUACUCCGUCUGCAGUCUCCAGUCUGCCUGUGGCUGUAGCAUAGACGUAUCACACUGGUAGGCCAAUGCGUGGAAACGCCCAUAAACGCACACCAUAUGUUACCAAGUGGUACCUAUUUUCCUAAGUCUAAAAGGAAGCCUGUGCUGUUGUAAGGAUUUGUCACCAUAUUAGCACAUACUUCAGUUUCCUUUGAGCCUUAUUAAGUUUUAUUUACAAAGAUGUCUUCUCCUUUUGCUCCUCCACAGCCCGUCCAUCACAUUACCUCUUUGUUUAUAGUGUAAAUACAAUCAUGUAUACAUCUGUACAUAGUAGGAAAUGUCAUUAUUUAUUGUGUUGUAAUAUUUUGUAUUGUAUUGUGUCAUUCCAAACUAUUUUUUAUAUAUUUAAAUAGCAUUUAAAACUCGUUUCCUCUUCAAAAUGCUAUAGAUACUGUAAUGUGGGUUUUCAGGCUUUCAGUGCAUGGGUCAGUCCUUAUUUAAACAUUAUGAAAACACAAGUACACAACAAGUACAUAUAACUAAAAUAUGGCUGACUGUCUCAUCUGAAAUUAUAUUACACUUAAAGGUGCACUAACUUUUCUGGUAGAGGGCCUGCCAGUUGCUUGUCUCCAUGGAGCACAUUGCCUGCAAUGUUCAAAAGUAUGGCAUUAAAUUGGUGAAUUGGUGACCCCACUCACAGUAAGAAUGAAUGUUUCUAAAGGUAUUUUUGAACAAUAAAAACACCCAUCAUUGAAUACAUGCAUCUUAUAUAUGUUUAAUAUCAUAUUGUGGAACAUUACAGGCAAAGUAAAAGCAGCCUGAAAAGCUACGCAGUGCACCUUUAAAUACCAUUUGUAAAAACAUUGUUAAGCCCAUGUCCAGAUACAGCAAGUACUGUAGUAGUGUGCCUCUCAAUGUUUACAUUUAUACCGUCCAUUGUGUACAAUAACCAGAGUCAGGGCAGUAGACAAGGGUGGACAAAGGAGUCUGUUGUCCCGGCCUCAGGGUUUUAGGGGCCCAGAAUUGGACCCUCUUCCUAUUAAUUUAUAUUAGAGAGGGACCCAUGUGAGGCUUCUUGCCCCGGGCCCCCAAAUUUCUGUCGACAGGCCUGACCAGAGUAAAUGUCAGGACCAUUUGCAUAUUACUAAAGUCAUGGCAAGCCUAGCAUUCAGUGUGGCACCUGUGGUAAUAAUGAUUGAUAUGUGCACUGUUGUCUAUUUUUUCAGUGUUUUUUUUUUUUUUUUUUCAGUUGAUUGACACAACAUCAGGGUACGUUUAUUUAGUGUAUUUUUAAUUGUAUUCUUUGUAAAGAUUUGUUUGAAUGAACCACAAAGCCAUAUAAACCUGAAUGCCUUUACUUACACGGUGCUAUUUUUCUACACUUACAUUAGCUGCGUCAAUCUACAACAUGUAUAGCAGCCAAAGGGAAUUCUUUUUAACUUUGAGAUUAUUUAUGAAAACUCCAGCAGUUUGUCAAAAUCAAAUUUACUUCUCAGGGCUUGUAUGAUAAUGAAGGGACAUUUGGUUUUGAUGUUAACUGUAUUGUACAUUGUAAUGUCAUAUGUACUGUAUUACUAAACCACAUGUGCUAUUUUAUAAUUAUUUAUUUCACUUUUCUUGUGAAUGUACAUAGUCCGUAUGCAGUAACGACAGAGAAUGCAAAUUUCUUUUUAAAAAUGAUCUGUCCUUUUUAUGAAUUUAUGUACAAUGUAUGUGAUUAGGUGCCAUAUAAAGCAUGACAUGUUUGCAA